AACAAACCCCUACACUGUCGAUACAAAUGGACGCGAAGAGAUAGAGGCGCCGCCGCCGCCGCCGCCGCCCCCUCCCGCCCGCCCUCAAUUCGGGGCCCGAUCACCGGAUCUCCUCGCCGACGCCGCAGCCGGCAGCCCGGGCCCCCCACCGAUCGGCCCCUCCCCAUGCCCUUGCCCCUCAGCGUGUUUCCUCGCGCGGGAUCACCCGGGUGGCGGCAAUGGCGGACUGCAAGGAUAAACUUGCAUACUUUAGAAUAAAGGUGCUUAAAGAUAUCUUAAAUCAGCUGGGGUUGCCGAAGCAGGGAAAGAAGCAGGACCUAGUUGACAGGGUAUUGGCACUAUUAUCAGAUGAGGAAGGUCAAUGCCAUCAUGGAUGCGGAAGGAAAAAUGCUCUUACUAGGGAGGCGGUGGCAAAAGUUGUUGAUGACACAUACAGGAAAAUGCAAGUUCAAUGUGCUCCUGACCUAGUCGCUAGGAGCCACAGUGGAUCAGAUUUAAAUCAUUUCAGGCCCAAAGAGGAAGCCACUGACUUUCAUGUGGAGACUAAGGUCUGCUGCCUUUGUAAUAGUACCAUGCUAAAUGACGAUAUGAUCAAGUGUGAAGAUGCCAAAUGCCAAGUGUGGCAGCACAUGGCCUGCGUACUCAUUCCAGAUAAGCCCACAGAGGGUGUUAGCCCUGAAGUUCCGCCUCAUUUUUAUUGUGAAUUGUGCCGACUGAACCGGGCAGACCCAUUUUGGGUGACUACAGGAAAUCCAUUACCCCCUGUGAAAUUCAUGUCAUCUGGUGUUGGAAAUGAUGGAACAAGUGUAUCUCAAAGUGUGGAGAAGACCUUCCAACUUUCUCGAGCAGAUAGAGAAACAGUCCAGAAACCAGAAUAUGGGCUUCAGGUUUGGUGCAUUCUUAUAAAUGACAAAGUCCAAUUCAGGAUGCAAUGGCCUCAAUAUGCAGAAUUGCAAGUGAAUGGUAUUCCUGUACGAGUAGUGACCAGGCCUGGUUCUCAGUUACUAGGGAUAAAUGGACGGGAUGAUGGGCCACUGGUAACAACGUGCAGUAGAGAAGGAAUCAAUAAGAUUAGCUUAUCAAGAGUUGAUACUCGAACAUUUUGCAUUGGAGUCCGAAUUGUUAGGAGGAGGACUGUUGCUCAGGUAUUAAACUUGAUCCCAAAAGAAGGUGAUGGAGAGUCUUUUGUGGAUGCUCUUGCUCGUGUCCGGCGCUGUCUUGGAGGUGAAGGUGCUACAGAUAAUGCUGAUAGUGACAGCGAUUUGGAAGUGGUUACUGAAUCUGUUACAGUCAGCCUUCGUUGUCCUAAUAGUGGAUCCAGAAUGAGAAUUGCUGGAAGGUUCAAGCCUUGUGUUCACAUGGGUUGUUUUGAUCUUGAAACUUUUGUAGAACUGAAUCAACGCUCCCGCAAGUGGCAAUGUCCAAUAUGUUUAAAGAAUUACUCUCUUGAGAACUUGAUGAUUGAUCCUUAUUUCAAUCGGAUUACCUCUUUGCUGCACAAUUGCAGUGAGGAUGUUAAUGAGCUUGAUGUUAAACCUGAUGGUUCAUGGCGUGUAAAGGGUGAUGCUGCCACCAUAGAGUUAUCUCAGUGGCAUAUGCCUGAUGGCACACUUUGUGACUCAAAGGAAGAUACAAACCCUAGUGUGGAAAAUCUGAAUGAAGUCAGGAGUGAGGGUACUUCUGAUGGACAUAGAAGUUUGAAAAUUGGAAUCAAGAAAAAUCGUAAUGGCAUAUGGCAAGUUAGCAGUAAGGCAGAUGAUAAGAAACCUUCUGUGGUUGGAAAUCACAUCCAGAACAACACUGGAUUUCCAGCACAAAACACUGUGCCUGUGAUCAUUAGCCCCACUGGGAGUUGCAGAGAUGGAGAAGACGCAAGUGUUGACCAAGAAGAGAUUGACAGUUUGGCCCGUAACUUUGGUCAGACAGACGAUACAGAGGAUAGACAGCAGCAGCAGCAGCAAAAUGCUGCAGAUGUCAUUGUUCUUAGUGAUUCUGAUGAAGAAAACGAUGUUAUUGUUCUUAGUGAUUCUGAUGAAAAUGAUAAGAUUGUUCAAUCGCCAGCUGUCAAGAGGCAGCGAUUAGAUGAGAAAGAGCACUUGCCUACGUAUUUUCACAUCACGUAGAAAGUAUUUAUUCUCAGAACAGAUGCCAAUCUAUAUAUAUACUUCAUCUCGUUCUAUGUUGGCAAGCUUAAAAUCCCUCAAAAUGUGUUGCUUGCAGUGGAAAAGCACUUCGAGAUCUGUCAAACCCAAUUUCUGUAGACCCAAACAACUUGCAGUGGGGCUGGAGCUGGUUGGAGCGCUGGAUGGCUGCAGAACCUUGGGGACCUCAAUGGGGCUGAUAAGGAAAGCAACAUUGACCGUUGAUCAGUUAAGAGCAUGACCUUGGAGAGGGUGAGAUCACAAAAGCUUUCAACGGCCGGGACUCGAAUCCAGAAAAGCAAUCACCACCAGCUCCGAAACUGACCCGUGCAGCCUCCUGGCAAUCUCCUUCGAUGCCCUCUGCUAAAGUAAUGCCCAUAUCUGCCAGGAGAAAAUCAGCCAUGCUAAAGAAUGGGCUUUCGCAUGUGGACGACCUGCGAGUCAAUUGGAUUGUUUUCCAGUUACGAUCACAUUGUUUGUUCUAUACGAUUCACAAUACCUGCCAGUUGAUUCCAUUUGUCGUUUCUGUAAAACAAGUAUCAGUUCGUCAUGUUUAUAUGUAAACAGGUCUUCUAUUCAUGUGAGCCAUAUAGGGCACUCUCAACUCCA